AUGGGAGACGCAAAUUCAGCGGAUUUGAAGACACUCGAAAAUGGAUCCAACUCGUCGUCGAUUGAUAAUGUUGAGAGAAAAAUGAUUUUGCUGAAAAUAGCGGAAAACGAAAAGUCUCGCUUUGAUGACGUCAUCACUGGCGCGGAAUCAGAGAAUGGAUGGGAGGAUUGUUGGAAGGAGACGGAGGAUAGUGUGACACAAUCAAUUGAUGAAUUGGAUAGAAGUAUUCCAGAGGAAUGGAUUGAUGAGCAUCCCAAGACUAUUGCUCCGUCUCCAGGAGUCUAUAGCAUUGAGAAACCACUUCAAUCGGCUCCACACAGCUACUAUGAACUGAUGGAUCUGAAUGUGGAGAAUAUUGACAACACUGUUCGUAUGGCACGUGUUCCGUCUCAAUAUCAAUUGGAUGCUCUUUCCGAAAUGUUCAUUUUUGAUGUCCCACAACAUUAUACAAUGAGGAAGGCGUCUGCCAACUGCCAACCACUUCCAACCAACAUCGUCUCAGCUGAUCAAGAAGAUCGUCCAGAUGUGAAUGACUGGACAACUCCGUACUUUGUGAACUCUGAAUAUGUCUCCGAAUUGCUCAUGUAG